ACGUUUUAACACCCAUAAAUAUCAAGAAAUUAUCUUAAAAAUGUGAUAAGUUUCUGAUUUUAACAGCGAGGUGGUUACGAAAAGGUUAUUUUAAUUAUUUGAAUUGUUUCUUAUCUAUUAAACAACAACUCAGAAUGGCAUCUUCGAAUGAAACCGAAAGUUUAGACAAAAUUAUCACCGCUAAUCUAUCAGAUGAAGAUUUGAAAGAAUACAACAGGAUCCACUAUGGAAGGCCCAAACACUUGGAGAUCCCUAUAAAGACGAGUAGUGAAGAAUUCGCUACGGAAAAUAACUUCGACAUUGCUGCAUAUAACUUCCCAGCAAGGAAAGAGGAAACCAGAACUCCUAGAGUGGUGAAAAUUGGAGUUAUACAGCAUUCUAUUGUGGCCCCAACUGAUAAGCCUAUAUUAGAACAGAGACAGGCUAUUUUCGACAAAAUUCGAAAGUUCAUUGAGGUAGCAGCGAAUGAAAGUGUUAAUAUACUUUGUCUGCAAGAAGCAUGGAGCAUGCCCUUUGCCUUCUGUACCAGAGAAAAACAUCCAUGGUGUGAAUUUGCCGAGUCUACUGUGAAUGGACCCAGCAUUGUAUUCCUUAAAGAACUUGCAGCAAAACAUGGCAUGGUCAUAGUAUCACCCAUUCUUGAAAGAGAUGAUAUGCAUGGUGACUCAAUCUGGAACACAGCAGUGAUUAUAAACGAAACUGGCAAAGUUAUUGGUACGCAUAGGAAAAACCAUAUUCCUAGGGUUGGAGACUUCAAUGAAUCUACAUAUUAUUUCGAAGGCAAUACUGGCCAUCCAGUAUUUGAUACUAAGUUUGGUAAGAUAGCUGUCAACAUUUGUUACGGUCGUCACCAUCCUCUGAACUGGCUGAUGUUUGGAAUCAAUGGAGCCGAGAUAGUCUUCAAUCCUUCAGCUACUGCAGCUGGCUUGAGUGAGCAUCUCUGGGCAAUUGAAGCAAGAAACGCAGCUGUUGCUAAUAACUACUUCACCUUUGCCAUAAAUAGAUUAGGGACUGAGGAAUUCCCUAAUGAAUUUACAUCUGGAGAUGGAAAGCCUGCCCAUAAAGACUUUGGUCAUUUCUAUGGCUCCAGUUAUGCUAGUGGUCCUGAUGGCACGAGGACUCCUGGAUUGUCAAGGGUAAAAGAUGGCCUGCUCAUGGCAACUAUAGAUUUAAACUUAUGUCGCCAGAUUAAAGAUAAAUGGGGCUUUGUUAUGACCCAACGUCUUGAUUUGUAUGCUGAGAGUCUAAGUAAGGCUUGUAAGUUUGAUUAUGAACCUCAAAUUGUUAAAAAAAACUAAACGCUACCCUAAUAUUAGAGAAUGAACUAUUUUAUAAGCAUUACUAAUUGAAUUUACAUGCAUUUUGUAAUGGUUAUAUUUCUAACACUAUAUUUUUAUCUUUUUGUAAUGUUAAUACUUUGACUAUUGUUAUUUUAUUAUACAAAAAUAAAGAA